GGCCGGGCGUGGGCGGGCUGCGGGGCGUCGCCGCCGCCGCCCCUCCCGGCGCGGAGCCUAUAAAGCAAGCGGAGGCGCUGGGGGCAGCCCAGGGCGCCAUGGCCGAGGUGAAGCUGGCCGUGCUGGGCGGCGGCGGAGCCGGCAAGUCGGCGCUGGCGGUGCGGUUCCUGACGAGGCGCUUCAUCGGCGAGUACGCGUCCAACGCCGAAUGCAUAUACACUAAACACUUAUGCCUGGAUGGGAGGCAGAUUCACUUGGAAAUUUAUGACCCUUGUUCACAGCGGGGGAAGCUCUUGCUCACAGACGAGCUCCACUGGGCUGAUGGCUUUAUCAUUGUUUACGACAUCAGUGACAGAGCGUCGUUUGCAUUUGCCAAAGCGCUGCUGUACCGAAUCCGCGAAUCUCACGUAGGAGCCUGUAAAAAAAUGGUAGAGUCAGCAGUGUUUCUGGUUGGUAACAAACAAGAUCUAUGCCACAUGAGGGAAGUCGGCUGGGAUGAAGGACAAAAGCUGGCAGUGGAUAACAAGUGCCAGUUCUGUGAACUGUCUGCAGCAGAACAUUAUCAGGAAGUUGCAGCAAUGUUCAUGAAAGUCCUGAGAAAUGUCAUCUCAAAUUUCAAAGUGAAGGAAAAGAGACGACCAAGUGGAUCAAAGUCAAUGGCCAAGUUAAUCAACAAUAUGUUUGGAAAAAGAAGGAAAUCUGUGUAGAAGAUGGUUAGUCUUGAAGUAAGAAGAAGCUGAAAUAAUGGAGCACAGGCAGCACUUGGGAUUCAGUCAAUUUCUUCUAAAGGUCUCUGGUUGGAGGGAUAAGAUAGUACAAAUCAAAGAUGGGAGACACUGUGGUCAAGUGGAAGAGGUCUAAACCUAGAAGACUCCAGCUUCUAUUUCCAGUUCUACUGCAGACUUACUGUGUUAGGGCUAUGCCAUUUAAUCUCUAAGCUGUCCCUCUCACCCUUUGUCUCAUAAGCUGGAGAACGAGAGUUUUACCUUGCAUUUAUUCAGCACGAAAGCUAUCUUGGAUAGAGCUUCCAGGUGUGACUGUAACAAUUAUUUCCAAUAAACUCAGCCUUGCUGACCAAUAAUCCUGCUUCUGAACUCUGAGAUGUACUUGUUCUUUACUGCAAGAACACUUGCACUAAAGGAAAACAAAAUACUGCUACUGUAUGCAACAGCAUUUUUGUAUUUAACUCAAGAAAGACUCAGAUCAUCACGUGCCUAAGGGUGCUGACAACUGCUGAAAUGAAUUAAAUGCUUAGACGUAAAGUAUACAAAAGGUAUUUAACUGCAAAGCUGCUUGCCCUUGCAGAGGUACCAGAAGCCGAUAAACAAGGCAGUAUUGUCUCCUGUUCCGGUAUUAUUUUUGAGUGAUGAAAGAACGUAGAGAUGGUUGAGGAAGGUAGGAACUGAAAUGUUAGUGAGCAUUGGACUGUUUCUGGCAGAGGCAUUGUUUAAUGAAAUCAUUUUAGAGCUAGGGCCAGCAUAAGGUCAGUAUAACUCCUCAGGCUGAUUCCCUUCACAGAGCAGUUUUCAUCUGCGGUAACGAAGUUUACUUACCUGUAACAAGGAUAUGUGCCUGUUCACUUUCAGUUGCAAGUGGAACCGUGUAAAGCCCAUGUACACGUACGGUACAAAGCACGAGUUAUGGCCUGGAAUUAAAGGUCAGCCUGCUGGCAAGACCUGUGCUCCUAACUUGUGUGUAAUGUUUUUCAUAAAGGGCCAGUGUUUUCAAAACCUAGUCAUUGCUAUGGUAUUGAAAUGCUAUCUGAGAGAACACUAAAGAAUAUGUUAGCUACACUUCUCAAACAUGGAUAUUAAACAUCAGGAGGGUCUAAAUGUGUUGUCAGUUGACAUUCAGAGCUCUUACUGUAGACUUAACUAAACAAGGGCUUAGCCCAGUGUGUUUGAAAGUGCUGUGCUCAUGCAGAAAUUAUGAAAGGGAAGAGAAGUGAUCUGAAGGUGAAUGACUGCCUCUCAGCCAUUCCAGGGGACAGCUGGGAUUCAGUCUUUGUAAGCUUCUGAGUUGAAGCCUACCUCUGCUAGGGAGUUAUACCUGCCUUGAAUCUAGUAAGAUCACUUUAUCAGAGCAGAGUACCGAUUUUAAAAUGUGCACCCCAGUAAGAUGACAUAAAAAGCGAUAUAAUUUUAACAUUAUUGUUGUAAAAUAAAAUAAGACAAAACACAUUUUAAUAAAUGUUGACCAAAGUUCACUUCUUUAAGGAAAAGAUAUUUCACUUAGUUCUCAGUGUUGACAAGCACAGCUCUACUUUAUUUCUAUGCAGAUGCUGCCUUGCCAUAUCAAAAGUAAUGUAUUUAAGGCUGUAUUAUCAGUAUCUACGAAACCAAACCUGAAGACUACUCAUGUACUCCCUUCAGCUUUUCAGUACACAUGCAGUUCUAGAACUACUAACAGGCAUUGAUCUGUCAGGGUAUCUGUAUCUUGCCAACUCUAGCACUGUCAGAUUUGAAAACUCUUACUCGUAUUUACUGCUCUGAUAUUAAAUAACCUGGAUGUAAGAUGGA